AUGCACAGAACCAACGGGAAUUACUGCCAAGGAAGCAAAGAGUUGUUAAGUCUGAAAAAAUCCAUUUUCCGCAUCCGUGAUGGUAUAGGCCGGAAUUUCGGGUCUGGGCAAGACCAAGCUUGUUCGUCCAAAAAUCGAGAACAAAUCUUGGAGGCUACUGUGAUACUUGGGCCAAAGAAUAUGCAAAGAACAACGAUUGGACCUUUCAGCAAGAUUGGGCGCCAGCCCACAGCGAAGACAAUGCAGCGAUGUGAGACAAAUCUUCCAGAUUCCUGGACGAAGGAUGUUUGGCCGUCUGACUUAUCCAAUCUCAAUCCUUUGGAUUUUGCUAAAGCAUGGGACGAAAUUUCGCCGGAAAUGACCCCGAGCAUCCUCAACAAUUCCAAAAAGAGUUUAGAUGCUUGUAUCGAAGCUAAA